CAGGCCGGUCAGCGCGAGGUGGAGUCUGCGGCGAGAGACCCAGCAGCGGCUCACACUUAAAUUACGUGCCCGGCGCCAGCAGCAGCAGCAGCUCCGGCACUGAGGCACCGCAGCGCACCCGCCCCAGACACCUCUGCUGCUGCUCGCCAUGGGAUCCGCCGCCGAGCAGCCGGGCAGGGCCACAGGCCUCGUGUCCAGCCUGCUGAACGACACCCUCGAGUUCUGCCGCUGGAGCUGGAGCAUCCGAGACAAACGUGUUGAUGACUGGUUCUUGAUGCAAUCUCCAUUUCCAACACUGACUAUAAGCACUCUUUACCUCCUCGCUGUCUGGCUGGGUCCCAAGUGGAUGAGGAGAAGAGAACCCUUCCAAUUGCGCUUCUUGCUGAUUAGCUACAACUUUGGAAUGGUUCUACUUAACUUCUAUAUUUUCAAGGAGCUAUUUUUGGCAUCCAGAGCUCGAGGAUACAGCUAUAUCUGCCAGACUGUGGAUUAUUCAGAUAAUAUUUAUGAAGUCAGGAUAGCUGGUGCUUUAUGGUGGUACUUUGUCUCAAAAGGAAUUGAGUACUUGGACACAAUAUUUUUCAUCCUGAGGAAGAAAUUUAACCAAAUCAGUUUCCUUCAUGUCUAUCACCAUUUCACUAUGUUCACCUUGUGGUGGAUUGGUAUCAAGUGGGUUCCAGGAGGACAAGCUUUUUUUGGAGCCCAAAUGAAUUCUUUUAUUCAUGUUGUUAUGUACAUGUACUACGGAUUAGCUGCCUGUGGCCCUAAAUUGCAGAAAUAUCUGUGGUGGAAACGAUACUUGACCAUAUUACAAUUGAUUCAGUUCUAUGUGACUCUUGGCCACACAGCCAUGUCUAUUUAUAUCGACUGUCCCUUCCCUAAAUGGAUGCACUGGGGUUUAAUGAUCUAUGCUGUCACCUUUAUUUUCUUGUUUGGUAACUUCUACUAUCGGACAUAUAAAAUGCCCAAGGAACCCAUUAAGAAUGGCAAAAUAGUGAAUGGUGCUGUUGCGAACGGUGUAAGCAAACUAGAAAACAAUCUAGUGGUGGAAAAUGGAACAAAGCAGAAAAAGGGAAAAGCAAAAGGAGAGUAACGUAUCCAAGCCUUAACCAUUGCUGGCAGUGGGAAACCUCCAGUUUGGUUUAAAAAGAAAAAGAUUAAAAAAAGAAAAGUAUUGUACCAAUUAACCCUUAGGUUACUGAAGAGCUAGAACACAGAUAUUUUCAUUAUUUAUGAAGAUUGUUUUAACAAAAAUAUUUCAAGUUAAAUUUCUGUUAUAAUUAUGUAAUUAUCAAGCAUUUGAUGAUCUCUGUGUAAACUUUUAGACCGCGGGUGCUGAUGAAUGUAAGAAAGAAUUGCAGUAAAUAACAUGUUUUAGCAGUCCAAAGGUUAAUAUUACCAGUGAUCCAGUGGUUUGUUGAAGCCCACAUUUCUAUGUGGAAAAAGGCAGCUUUUGAAUAUUUCUGUUUCUGCCAGAAAUUUAUUAAAUUCCAAAUUAUGAUGCUGUUUGCUUUUAUCUGAAAAACAAGCUUUCAUUAUUAAUUAGAGAGAUCUCAAGACAGUUAUGUUCACAGUUAUGAACAGAGUCUGUUGACCUAUCAGACGCUCUUUGUUUUGAUUUAGUGUCUGCUACAAUUUUUCUUCUAUUGUGGAAAUAUACCUACCUCUUAAUCUGCUGAAAAGAACAUUUAACAUUAAAUAACUUUAAUUUCUGAAAUAUGGAGUCUUCUAAUAUAAAUGUCAGUUAAUGCUAAUUGGAGAAAGAAAUUGCUUUCCUGAAAAAAUACAUUUUCACCUGUUUUGUAGAAUUAUCAUCUGUCUCUUUCAGUGCAAGCUUGGAAUGGUAUUCUGAAUGUGGUUAAAUGGAGAGAAAACUUUAAAAAAAUAUAUUUAUAUGAAACAAAGUACAUCUCAUAGCCUAAGAUAAUCCAUCCGAUGUAAGGUUAUUCUGCCUUGUCCCCCACCUUCAUUAAACCCAUGGUGCUAACUCUUAUAACACUCAAAAUGAUUGUAUGGUGUUAUGGUGAGGGGGAACAUACUGUAGAACUUAAUCCUUCUUUUGCAAAUGCUACGUGCAUUCGAUGCCAGUCGUGUUUAAAUAGAAAACAGGCACACUUCAUCAGGAGAGAGAAUAUGCUGUUAAAGUAUGUCUUUACAGUAAAUACAUUGUGAGUAUGUUCUGGAAAUAUCUGCCCAUACAUUGGUCUUUGAUUGUAGACUACACAUCUGGUAUUGUUUGCAGGCCACCGCCUAAUGCAAAUGAUAGAAGUAGAUUGGCUGGCAUUCCUCCAGUAUUGCUGGCUAUUGUCAGUCUACGUUCCGGGGUUGCUCUGCCUAUCAUUCCUUAGUCAAAACAGUUAUAAGAAGACAGUCUUUUUAUAUAGCACUUCACUAAGAUUAAUCUUUCCUUGUGUGAGGAAAGCAUGGCAGUAUUUCUUAUUCCUUUUCUGUUUACAUGGAUGCUGAGGCAAGGAGAAUUGUCACUUGUUCCAGCUCACAAUGAAUAUGAUGUAGAACUGGGACUAGAACGUAGGUCUCUUAACUCCUAGUUCUCUGUUUAUACUCCUGCUAGUUCCCAGAUACAUUUCUGACAUUCGUGGUUAAAAACAGGUGUAUCACUAGUCAGCUCUCUUACACUGGGGAAAUGGUACAGUUUUUCAAGUAAAGAAUGUAUAAAAAGUUCUAUCUGUAGAAGUUAAAAUAUCCAACACAAUUUAAAAUUUUCAACUGUUAUCCAUCCACCAUAUAAUAAAGAAUAGGCAAACAAAACCAACACCUUUUCUGUUACUAUGUUUCUGUCCUUCCCCAUUUUACCAAAAACUCUCUCUGUAUCCAAAUACCAAGAUAGAAAUGCAAGGAAGAGAACUUGAGGACAUAGCCUGUAGUACUGGAAAUGGGUUAAAUUGGAAGUCAGUUCUUCAGUAGUAAGCCCUCUUCCUGCCCCCAAGCAGAAUACAUGACAGGGUGUUGGAUGGCUAGAGCAUAGAAGCUUUAUUGCACUGGAACUGCAUUAAUUAUCCUAUUAGCUUAGUCUUGAUGCUUUCCAAAAAAACUCUGGAUUUGUACAAAUGUAUAUUUCUGUGUAACAAUAGUCAUAAAGCAUGUGGGAGGGGAAAAGGGUUGAAGUCUUUCUCAAACAAAUCUGCAUGUAUUCUCCCUACUUCUAGUAAAUUAGCAUUUGGCUUGGAUGUUUUUAUUUCCUUUCUUUUUAAGCCAAAUUAAAUGAAGUGAUGCAACAUGUAACAUCUUCUGGCUCCUAAAGAGCCUCUUGAGAAAUGUUCUGGUACUGCCACAUCUUUGAAAUAAAAAUUUCAUCUUGCAUGUUGACCAGUAUUUGGGAGCCAAAUUCCCACUUACUGUAUGCAUCAAAAAUGCACUUAAGGAUGAAAACAGCUGAAGCCUAUGGCAGGAAGUUAGGCAAAUCUUGCAUUGGAAUUUUGGGUCUAGGACAUUGGAAUUCUGGGUCAGCUGGUGCUUGUAAAAGGGGAGCUUGCUAGAGGUAAAACUACAUUCUGAGUGAAUCUAGGUGCAGGCACAGCUCUCAUGUCACUUGGGCUCACAGGCAAAGCCAGUUAUAGAGAUCUUUCCUGGCACACUGCUAUAUAUAGAGUUUACCAACACUGUCACUGAGGUAGCAUUGAGCUCGCAGCAUCCAUCCUCUGCUACAGGGUUUUCCUUGAUCCAGUUCUUGUCUAUUGAUGUCCGUAUGAUUCAGUCCUGCUUUAAGCCUGAGUACGAUGUCUCUUAUUGGUGAAGUGUUCUGAAGUGGAAUACUUGUACUUUCUUUCUAUUCCUUCCUGUGUCUGAGAAGCCAGAGCUGCAGAACACAGCCAAAGUUGACAGCUUGCAGUUCAUCCUCUUUCCUCAGGUUUGAGGCAGUAAUGCACAUGUAUGCACUGCUAAAAACUCACUGUCUUGCCCAUUCUGUGCCUUGCCUGAUUGUCCAUGGCACCUCAGAAUUUGGCUCCAGAUGUAGACAAAGUAGAGUGCAUGUGAAAAUACGUGUACAUAUACACAAAAUUAAAACUACAGUGCUGAAAAUGUGUAUAGUGAAUUUUUUUUUUUUGCUGUGCACUUUUUAUAUAAUCAUGACUCUAUUUAACCAUUUGGCACCUAGGACUUUUCCAUUGAAAGGGAUGUCUUUCCUAAGAAAUUUUGAAACCUUUGGACCAAUCAGCUGUCACACCAUUUGUACUUGAUCCCACACAUAUCUUCUCAACCCAAUUUCCCAUAGUGAAACUUCAUCUCUAGAUAACUUAAUAUUUUUUAAAGCAAACUAGGAUUUAUAUAUGUUCUUAACAGGUACUCCCAAUUUGAGAAGUAACUGAUGAAUUUUAAAUAGGACUUUUGGAUGCUUCUAGGGAUUAACCACCAAAAUCAAGCUACUUUCAUUGAUUAUAGCUCUGAUGCCAGGCAUUUAAAACAUGAAUGGCAUUUGUUGGUCAUUUUAGGCAUAGGCUGCUGGGAACCUCACAAUGCCACUUGUUCAAAUGUAAAACAGCAGAUCGAGGGAUGUGCUCUUUCUCCUCUAUUUGACAUUCGUGAGGCCUCAUCUGGAGUACUGUGUCCAGGUUUGGGCCCCACACUACAAGAAGGAUGUGGAAAAAUUGGAAAAAAUCCAGCGAAGGGCAACAAAGAUUAUUAGGGUUCCAGAGCACAUGACUUAUGAGGAGAGGCUGAGGGAACUGGGCUUAUUUAGUCUGCAGAAGAGAAGAAUGAGGGGGGAUUUGAUAGCUGCUUUCAACUACCUGAAAGGGGGUUCCAAAGAUGAUGGAUCUAGACUGUUCUCAGUGGUACCAGAUGACAGAACAAGAAGUAAUGAUCUCAAGUUGCAGUGGGGGAGGUUUAAGUUGGAUAUUAAGAAAAACUUUUUCACUAGAAGGGUGAUGAAGCACUGAAAUGGGAUACCUAGGGAGGUGGUGGAAUCUCCUUCCUUAGAGGUUUUUAAGGUCAGGCUUGACAAAGCCCUGGCUGGGAUGAUUUAGUUGGGAAUUGGUCCUGCUUUGAGCAGGGAGUUGGACUAGAUGACCUCCUGAGGUCCCUUCCAACCCUGAUAUUCUAUGAAAAUAAAUACUGAUGUCUCAAAUGCACAGUAAUUGGGGAUCAUUGUCAUCCAUACCUACAGACAUCACAUGUCAUGCAUGCUCUGAUAGCUGACCAAUGACUCCAUUCAAUGGUAGAGAGCACUUUAAGAAAACUACACAGUUAAUGGGAUAAGGGAAAAGUCUCUUCCUCAAAAUAUGCUUCUAGUACAUCUGGCAGCCAUGUGCUCAAAGCUGGGAAUGGAUACGGGUUUACAGGCCCCUAUUCUGUAAAGAUUUAUGAACAUGCUUAGCUUUAUGCACCUUUACCAACUGCAGUGGGAUUGCUCAUGGUGUGUAAAGUUAAACCAGGCAUUGCUUUGGUGCAAUAUUGAGGCCAUAACUUGUAAAUUAAAGCUUGUAAUUUGGCAUGUUGCAGUUUGGAUGGAAGGGAGAUUUAUUACUGAGUGUCUUUGAUCAGUUGCAAGCACAAGCAAUGAAAGUCUAGAAGGGAUGAAAAGUAGCAAGUCAUCUCUGCUUCUAGUCACCCAGCAAUGGUGCCAGAAUUAAUUGGACAAAUUUUCUGCUAGUAUAAGCUCUUGAAAUUCCACUAAAGUCAGUGGAGUUGUGCCCAUUUACAUCAGCAGAGAAUUUGGUCCAAUUACUUCUAUUUCCAAAGAAUGAAAAAAUGCUUGCUUUCUGUGUGUUUAUUUGCCAAUAAUGCAUGUAAAUAGAGAUAAUAAGUGGUUAGGGAGGCUU